CAAAGCUUCCUGUUCCUGCUAUCGACAAACUACAAUUCUUUUUGACCAAGAAGACGUCAAUUCAAUGACUUUAAAGGAUUCUGAUUGACUGGUGGCAGAAGGGGUAUGAAUAUAAAGUGGCAUUAAGGCCUUGCAGACAGACUUAACAAUAACAUGCUGAAGUUGCAAUAACAGUUUGACGAAGACCCACAUGUAAUCCCAUAUUGACGGUUGUAGAACUCGUACCAACAGAUUUCACUUUGGGAUAUAAUGGCAAGUUGGGAUGGGAAACUUCUUACAGCUGCAGAGAAUGGGAAUAUAAAAGAGGUAGAAUUAUGUGUAAAGAACAGAGCUAACUUGGAAUGUAGAGAUGGUGAUGGAGAGACACCAUUAAUUUUGGCCGCUGAGGAAGGACACCUGGAGGUAGUGACCUACCUCGUCACUCACGGCAGUCAAUUAGACGCUACAUCCUCGGAUGGAUGGACACCAUUAAUGUGGGCGGCUGAGAGAGGACACCUGGAGGUAGUGACUCACCUAGUCACUCACGGAAGUCAGUUAGAAGUUACAGACAGGAGAGGAUGGACACCAUUAAUGUUGGCGGCUGUGAACGGACACCUGGAGGUGGUGACUUACCUAGUCACUCACGGCAGUCAGUUAGAGACUUCAGACGUGUUUGGACAAACAGCUUUACAUUAUGCUGCUGAGUAUGGACAGAUUGAUGUAGCAAAAUGGAUAAUAGAUCAAGGAUGCAGUCCUUGGGUGAAAUCAAAACGGGGUGAGACUCCUUAUGAUCUGGUAAAAAUAUCACCGUAUUGUUCUGAAGAGAAGAAGAAAGAAGUGAUAGACUUCCUUAAGACUGUCAUGUCAAAGACAUCCCCAGAAGUAACUCCUGACACCCAUUUACAGGAACCUGCAGCACCAGUAGUUGAAGAUUCCAUCGGAAAAGGGCAACAGUCUGCCAUGUUAAGUCGUUUAUUAGGGAAGGGCAGCUAUGAAUCAUUUGAUAUGAGAUGCAUGGUAACCGGUCAAUUUUCUGUUGGGAAAACGACUCUUGUGAAGCUGUUAGCUGGGGAUGUCCUACCAGAAGGGCGACAUCCAACUGAUGGGAUUUCUCUGGUAGAAGGUCGCUGUGGCCUCGACAUUCAGUCAAAAGAGUGGAUUCUUGUUGAUCCAGACUCUUAUAAUGCCCUGGAUGUUGUGUACAGUAAGGUUUUAAUGACCUCUCUGGAAGAAGAGGAGGAGAGUGAACUUACCAACAAAGCUUCAGAUACAAGCCCAACUGGUUAUGCCAAAGCUACACUUUCCUCUUUGUCAUCAGAACAGUCUGCAGCAACACAAUCUCUGCCAUCAACGAAAUCCUCCAACGUGCCUCACACGGUCAAACAGAUGGAAAAGAAAAUGAGAACAAGAAUGACUAAAGAAGAAAUAAGAAAGAAAAUGGAAAAGUUCCUCAAAAGUGGGAAGUAUAAGAUGAAAGUCGGACGUCUUAUCUUCUGGGAUUUUGGUGGACAAUAUGUUUUUCUAACAACACAUCAGACCUUCAUGACGUUCCGGGCAUUGUUUCUUGUAGUAUUUGAUGGGAGCAAAGAUUUGAAUGAACAGGUCCCUGAUGUGAUGUGUUUUCCAGGGCAGCACAUGACGCCAACGCCAGCAGUAUUCUUGCAAUAUUGGGUCAAUUCCAUCCUGACCUAUUGUAAGGUUGUAUAUGCAGGCAUUCCAAAAAUUUUGUUUGUUGCCACUCACAAGGACAGAGUACCAAUGGAGAAUAUUGAGACCAGACGUGAAGAGCUUUACAGAGGAAUUGAGGAGUUGUUUAAAGACCACGAGGGAAAACAUCAUCUGGUCCUUAGACCUCUAAUAUUUGUCAAUGCCAAAGAUCAAGCCGACCCAGAAAUAGAAGUUCUGAAGAAAACAAUAACAGAACUUACAUUCGACCACCCAUGCUGGGGUGAAAGAAUGCCCAAUGCUUGUGUUCCACUAGAGCUAGAGAUCGCUGAACUAGUGGCAGAAGGAAAACAAAUAAUGUCAUUGGCUGAAGUUAAAGAAUUAAAUGCUAUCAGCGAGGUGUCUGUCCUGUCCCCUGAGCAGUUGACUGAUUUUCUACAUUUUCAUCAUUCUUUGGGGAAGAUUGUUUAUUUCGAUACCCCCCAGCUGAGAGAUAAUGUAAUGAUCAACCCUCUUCUUAUGGUGGAAGUUAUGAGAUCUUUUAUCACAGAUGUUGCAUUUUGGCCUAAAGAAAAGAAAACAAGGAAAACCUUCACAAAAAUGUCUGAAAAUGGAAUGAUACAAAAAGAAGACCUCUACCAGAUUUGGGAACAAGAAGAAUUCCGUCAGAUUUUACCAUUUAAAGAGUACAUAUUUGAUAUGCUGAUACAUCUAGAUAUCGUAUCUGAACAACGGAGAUAUGAUACAAAAACAGGAAGUCGUCUACCAAUAGAAAACUUCUUUGUACCCUGUAUGCUUACAGACAGAAAUAAUACAGAUUACUUGACACAAGAAUGUACACCAGAGAGGACUGUAAGUUUGGCCUUUGUUUUCAGAGGAACCAUCAUACCUCCAGCCUUACCAAACCGUCUAAUAUGUGCAUGUCUGAGUAUGUGGACAUUAAAAGAAUACCAAGGACGGAAACUUAUGUUUUCUGGGUUUGUUGGGUUAUCAUUUGAUAAAGAGCAUGAUAUUGUUGUCUGUGUAGAAGGAAAUCAGAUCUUACUGCAUCUAGUCCACAAGCGCUCCAAGGGGCUGAUAAUACCUGAUAUAGCCACCAGUGUCCGGGAUUGUUUGUUUGUUACUUUAGAAAGAAUCUCCGAAUUUUAUCAGUCCUCUAUUCAUUGUAAAGCCAGCAGCAAGUUGCCCUUCCUCACCGAGUACUCCUGCUCGAAAUUUAACUGUUUCACUUCAGAAAAGAAGUUGGUCUCCGAGACUGAGGAAUGUCUUUGUAAACACGGAGAAAACAUAAAAAAUAACUGGCGUAUUUGGAAUAAGAAAAAGGAACACAAGCAGUGUGAUGCUAAUUGUCCAGGUUUGAGUGAAGAUGCUUUAUCUCAGAUCCCAAGUAACACAGAGUUGCUUCGUCUGUCUGUUAAUUGUGAGACACGCAUGCUACACGAUUUGGCUCUCCAUCUUGGAAUGGAAGAAAUGGUAUGGAGUGAUAUGGUAGAAAAUUACCCAACAAAUACACAGAUGGUAAAGUUUUUGACACUGAUGCAUUUGAAAGAGAAUGAAAUAACAUUCACAGAAUUGGACAAUGGAUUGAGAGAAAUGGAAAUAACAGCACAUACAUUAUGUGUGGUACGUCAGAGAAAACAAGUGAAAUCUAGUAUUUCUGAUGAUAUUCUAGACUGUAUUCCAUCAGAUGAAAUUGUAGACAGAUUAGCACCGCUGAUUGGCAAGAUAGUUUUUCAACUAGGAAUAGAACUUGGACUGUCUGUAGAAGAAAUAGAGAGUAUCAAAGAGAUAUGUGAUCGUGAUUUGACAGCACAGAAUAAGGGAGUCUUGUUUACAUGGAGGAAAGACAGAACAGUGAAACCUACAAUACGGGUUCUUGAGCAAGCUUUUGUAAAUAUUGGUAAAGGAGCAAGGUGUUUAAAGGAGGUUGUAAAGGAUGUUGAUCCAAAUACACUUAAAGCAGUAGAAAUUGUAACAGAUAAAAUCAGGGAAAACGAAAACAGCAUCAUACAAGAUAUACAAAUCAGUCAGAUUUUAGACCAUAUGAUGACACAUCUGGUGAUAUCAGCAGACGACAGACGUUAUAUUGAACAUUAUCCUCGACAGGAUGAUCAGAACAAAGCAUUGCUGGAUAUUGUGAUCAAAAGGAGGGAACCUGUUUACAGUGUGUUUGUUGAUGGAUUACGUAUUUAUGGAUACGAAGAUAUCGCUAAUGAUUUGAAAUGUGAUUUCAGUCCAAGUCCAGUAUCUGCUGAAACUAAAGGCUUAUCAGUUUUUAAUGUUCCAUUAUAUAAAGUUCGUCUACAAAAGAACUACCUCAAGGUCAUCACUGAUAUACAACACGAAAACAUAGUCGAUCAUCUAAUAACAAGAGAGGUGGUGUCAGUUGAUGAUGGGAAGAAGAUAGAAUCUGGUAAAACACCACAGGAAAAGAACAGGAAUUUAAUGGACAUGCUGUUGCGUAAAAAUGAACAGGGAUUUAAUGAAUUUCUCAAAGCCCUACGAAAAGACUCAAUUUAUGCAGAUUUAGCAGAUCAAAUAGAGAAGACAGAAGUUACUAGCACAGAUAUGGCAACUCUUCAUAAAUGCUUCAAAUAAAAUAAAAGUAAUUUCUUUCAGAAAAAACAGCUAGAAAAACCAUCAGUUAACAAUUAAUAGAAGGAAGUAUUGUCAAUCCAAGGCAUUACGAUUUGGUCACUUCAAUAAUCCACUGUAAAUUCAAAAAUUAUUGCGUGCAUUUAUUAUUGCCUUUUUUUUAAAUGGGACAAAAAAGCGAUAGUAAUUAUUACAAUGUCAAAAGAAUCUUUAUACUAAUAUAGGUAUCAGUGUAAGAAUUUGAGUUCUUAUUAAUGUGAUACUCACUCAGUCGCAUUUUUCGCAUUAAUAAAAACCUCAAAAUAAUUUCUGAAUUUACAAUAUGUGAAUGAAUCACAAUGUAAUAGUGAUAACAAUCUUUUAUCUUAAACAUAUUUCAUGUGUGAGUGUCAUGCAUGGCAAGGAAAAAGCUAAAAUAUGUACUAACCCCUUUUAUGAGAGUUGAUUCCUACAAUCCCAAUAUCCAUUUGACGUGGCUCAGUAGUUAUACAGCCUGUCAUUUUGUUAUUGUGCUAUGGUAAAUUUUUGUAUUCUCGCUUUCGUUUUUGCCAAUAUGAUUCCUCUAUAUGCCUUUUUGAUUUUUAGCUCACCUGUCCCGAAGGGACAAGUGAGCUUAUGCCAUCACUUGGCGUCCGUCGUCAUCCGUCGUCUGUCGUCUGUCGUCCGUCGUCUGUCGUAGUAAACUAUUUCAAGAAUCUUCUCCUCUGAAACUACUGGGCCAAAUACUUUCAAACUUUAACUGAAUGUUCCUUAGGGUAUCUAAUUUAUAAAUUGUAUCCGAAGAUUUGAUCUAUCAACAAACAUGGUCGCCAUUGCUAAAAAUAGAACAUAGGGGUCAAAUGCAGUUUUUGGUUUAUAACUCAAAAACCAAAGCAUUUAGAGCAAAUCUGACAUGGGGUUAUAAUGUUUAUCAGGUCAAGAUCUACAAUGUAUCUGCCCUGAAAUUUUCAGAUGAAUCAGACAACCUGUUGUUGGGUUGCUGCCCCUGAAUUGAUCAUUUUAAGGAAAUUUUGCUGUUUUUGGUUAUUAUCUUGAAUAUUGUUAUAGAUAGAGAUAAACUGUAAACAGCAAUAAUGUUCAGCAAAGUAAGAUUUACAAAUAAGUCAAAUUACGGAAAUGGUCAGUUGACCCCUUUAGGAGUUAUUGCCCUUUAUAGUCAAUUUUUAACCAUUUUUCGUAAAUCUUAAAAAUCUUUUACAAAAUUCUUCUCCUCUGAAACUACUGGGUCAAAUACUUAUAAACUUUAACUGAAUGUUCCUUAGGAUAUCUGGUUUGUAAAUUGUAUCCGAAGUUAUGAUCUAUCAACAAACAUGGUCGCCAUUGCUAAAAAUAGAACAUAGGGGUCAAAUGCAGUUUUUGGCUUAUAACUCAAAAACCAAAGCAUUUAGAGCAAAUCUGACCUGGGGUUAUAAUGUUUAUCAGGUCAAGAUCUACAAUGUAUCUGCCCUGAAAUUUUCAGAUGAAUCAGACAACCUGUUGUUGGGUUGCUGCCCCUGAAUUGAUAAUUUUAAGGAAAUUUUGCUGUUUUUUGUUUAUUAUCUUGAAUAUAAUUAUAGAUAGAAAUAAACUGUAAACAGCAAUGAUGUUCAGCAAAGUAAGAUCUUCAAUUAAGUCAAUUUGACCAAAAUUGUCAAUUGACCCCUUAAGGAGUUAUUGCCCUUUAAGGACUUUUUUCACAAUUUGUUCAUCAUGUUGACUUACUUUAAAAAAUCUUCUCUUUUGAAACUGCUGUAUCAAUUUCAGCCAAACUUAGGCUAAAUGAGUUUCAGAGUAUUUAGUAUAAAUUUUAUAUUUUAUUUCCUUGUAUGUCAAGAAACAUAGCUACUAUGGCUAAAAUAGAACAUAGGAGAAAAUGAUUAUUUUUUUUGGCUUUUGAAGAAAAUAGGACGAUCCAAAAAACAUUUAAAUAAAUUGAAAAGCCAAAAUAAUCAUUGAUGAGAGAUUUAACCACAAGAAUUAAGGUGAGCGAUUCAGGCUCUUGAGAGCCUCUUGUUUUAUAAUGAUUUAGACUAUAACACAAUGUUUACUGCUGUAUCCUUAUUUUUGACAAUUUUACCUAUUAUGUCUAUUUACUUUGUUCACACACUGGCGUCAAUUUAAUGGAAUUCAAUGCGACUUUUAUACAAGUGAGAGGUUUAACUAGCUAGAAACCAGGUUCAGUAUACCAUUUUCGACAUAAGCAAAUGUUUGUACAAAAAUAGGAAUUUAAAAGUUGUUAUCUAUUCAUGAAGCGUGUUUGAGCACAUACGUCUAGAUGAACAAACCUUUGUGUUUUUGAUAAUACAUAAUUUUGUAAACAGAUAAUUUGCACACGUGAUAUGUCAUAUCUACUGCGCAGGUUAUACCCGUUAGAACGUAACAACCGCCAGUAGUUGCAUCAACCCGUUGAUUGUAAAAACUCGUAAAGUAUACUUAAUUUGUUAUGCUGGUGGGUAAACCAGCUGUGUUUAGAAAUCAAUUAAAUUUAAACUUAUCAUCAUUUGUAAAGUUACUUUUUUUUUGUAUAGUUAUAUAAUACCAUUUACAUGUUGGACAGAGAUCAACUGAUGAACUGCUAGAUUGAAAUUGUUUGUAAAUAAAUGGCUAUUAUUAUGUCUUUCUUUCUGUAAUGUGUAUACAAGUAUCAGUCUAUAUUUGUAAUUCCCCAUUUACAAAGGUUGCAUUUCUGUAAAUAUAAACAGUGCAAUUUAUCAGUAAACAGGACAGUGUAAUUUCUCAGUAAGCAGGACAGUGUGAUUUCUCAGUAAACAGGACAGUGUAAUUUCUCAUUAAACAGGACAGUGUGAUUUCUCAGUAAACAGGACAGUGUGAUUUCUCAGUAAACAGGACAGUGUGAUUUCUCAGUAAACAGGACAGUGCAAUUUCUCAGCUGCUUUUACAGCUUUAACUGUACCAUGUUUACACUGAAGUUUCGCACGAAUUUGUAUCCAAGAAUGGAAAGUUCAUUAGCACUUUUAUUUUUCAAAGGUCAAAACGUAAGUCUGUGCAGCAUGUUUUCAACAAUUAUAUACCUCAAACUUAUAAGAGUUUAAACUGAUACACAUAUUAUGUACUUUCUCACCCUUCACGUUUGGUCAUACUCAGAAUUUAGUUUGGCAGCUACACAUGUGUAUUUAUACUAGUUAAAAAUUCCCCAGUAUUCUAAAGUAUGUACAUAUGAAAUAACUAAAUCAAAGACCGAAUCUUGUCCUUCAUGCAUUUCUUAUGGGGGUGUCCGAGUGAUUAUAUAGUCUAAUGGAUACUAAAGUAUGCACAUAUAAAAUAACUAAAUCAGAGACCGAAUCUUGUCCUUCGUGCAUUUCUAAAAUCAUGACAGCAGCUUAUUUAAAUGUAAGCUUGUAAAUAAAAAUGUCUCUUCAUCAAUAAGGUUUUGAACAAAAAUGCAUUUAAUGCAUAUUCACCAUUUCCUUUCUCAAUUUUAUCUGUUCUAUCAAAUGAAAUAAUGGUUAUGCCCCACGUACGAUAGUAGAGGGCCAUUAUGUGUUCUGGUCUGUGUCUUCAUUCGUUCGUUUGUUCGUUCGUCCGUCUGUGCGUCCGUUCGCUUCAGGUCAAAGUUUUUGGUGAAGAUAGUUUUUGAAGAAGUUGAAGUCCAAUUAACUUGACACUUAGUACACAUGUUCCCCAUGAUAUGCUAUUUCUAAUUUGCAUGCCAAAUUAUAGUUUUGACCCCAAUGUCAUGGUCCACUGAACAUAGAAAAUAGUGUAAAGUUCAUGUUAAAGUUUUUGGUCAAGGUAGUUUUUCAUGAAGUUAAAGUUACAUUAAUUUGAAACUUAGUACACAUGUUCCCUUUGAAAUGAUCUUUCUAAUUUUAAUGCCAAAUUAAAGUUUUGACCCCAUUUUCACGGUCCACUGAACAUGGACUAUGGACACAUUCUUGUUCAUUCAUCAGAAAAACGGAAUUUGAAUUCAAAUAGAUCAGUGAUAAUUGUUUGGUUAUAUUAUAUAAUCAAAUAUUUGAAAGUGUUUGAGAACAUAUCACAAAACAUUUAUGGACUUACAAAUUGUGCGUCUCUACGGUUAUCUACACCAUGUGUUGUUUCUUUGUGUUUAAGCGUAAUGCUAUACAACUUUCUGUUUGAUUCGCCCUUUUAACAUUUUUAUUAUACUCAAUAAUAUUCAAUAGAGAUUAGAUUUUGUGAGGCCCCUCAUGGGGGUGUCCGAGUGAUCAUAUAAUCAUAUUUUUUUUAACAAUAUAAUCACAGAAUCAUUAAUUGUUUUUCUAAACAAGAUAAUCAAAUAAUCAAAAAUACAGUUCUAGUUAAUUAAAUAAUCAUAAAAUAUUUGGUCUUGUAACCGAAUAACCAAAUAACCAUUAUUAAAACAGCUGAAUAAAGAAAUACUCAAUAACCCCACGAGGAGGCUUUAUGUCGGAUAUGAUUUUACAAUAAUAAUAAUAGUAUGAUUUCAGGCUUGAUAAUUUUUUCCUUGCACUCAAUCACCCCAAAUGUGUACUAAAAAAUCUUAUGCCAGAUGUGUCGUCAAUUUGUCAGCCUUUUUCAAUGCUUAUACAUUUUGCCUUCAAACAGUUAGCUAUAAAUUAAUACAACUGUUUUAUUUUAAAUAUAUAGAAACUUUGUUAUUUACAAAUAAUUAUGAUAUGAUACAGUUGUGUUUUGUUGUUGAUGUUAUUAUUGUAGCACGUUGUGUGUAAGAACUGUCUUAUGUUUGUAUAUAUGUAUAGACUGUUUGUGCAUUCUACUACCCUUAAAGGUAAAA